AUGUCGUCUCUGGCACGAGCAUCGGAAACACGCCGCCCCGCCACCCAAUGCAAAAAUCCCCUUUUGACGAACGCUUUCAAACUGUUUCACAAGGAUUGUGAAGAGUGUAUAUUUCUGGCUAACCGAAAGGCCGAAUCUGUGCGGAGGAAAGCGCAGUUGAAGAAGGAGCUGGAAGAGUCUGAGGAGGCGAUGAGAAAGGAGGCCGCGAUGGAGAAAAAGAUGAAGGAGGAAAAGCGAAAAGCUGACGAGCGGGACAAGCAGGAGAAAGCUGACAGGCUUAAGCUUGCGAAGGAAAGAAUCAAGCUGGAGAAAAGCAAAUGGAAGGGUACCGAUCCUGCUAAGCUGAGUACAUCGUUCCUUCCAUCGACUACACCGUUCCUUCCAACGCAGGAAGCUCAAGAUAGAGCUAAGGCGGCUGCUGAGAAGAUUCCAAAAAAGACGAGGGGAGCUGUGGUGAAGACUCCUAAGAAGACUAAGAAAGUCACCACCAAGGCUGAUGAGGCGAUGUAUAUGAGCGCGGUUAAUCAUCAUCAGAGAUAG